GCUGGCGAGUACCGGAGUCUGUUCCUCCGUUUUCCACUUCUCGUCUAACGACGACUUCAUUUCUUUUUCGCUCCUUCGUUUCGACAUGUUCUCUGUUUGGAAGCAAAGAACAAUAGAUGAUGACGAAGAAGAAUUCUUUCGCUUCGCAUUAUCGACGGUUCGUGUUUUGCAUUCUUUGUGUCUCUUUAGUUCUGCUGCCUCCGAGGGUUUCUUCAAGCUCGCCACCCACUCCACGCUCUGAUCAUGGUAGUACAGAUUCAACCGGUGGAAGAACUUUGAGGCAGGAGCAGGAUGGCAAUCAUGAAAUACAUUGCUCUAGGGAAAGAAGUAGAGCAGCUUGGAAGAUCGUUCAGGAGUAUUUGAUGCCAUUUGUGGAGAAGGAAAAAUAUCAAAUCACAAAAAGAUGCAGGCUUCACCCUGAUAAUGAUCUAUAUAGAGAUCAGGAGCAACAUAAAUUUCAUAUAGAUAUCAAUGAAUGGCAGUGUGGAUAUUGCAAAAAAAGUUUCUAUGAAGAGAAAAAUCUUGAUCUGCAUUUUGACAACAGACACUCCAAUUUACUUGACCUGAGUCAACGAAAGUGUUUAGCAGAUGUAUGUGGAGCACUGCACUGUGACCAAAUAAUGAAUUCUGGGUCAAAAAAGUCGAAGUGCAAUCCUGCUGCUGCUGCAAGGAAUAAACAUCUAUGUGAGAGCUUAGCUGAUAAUUGCUUUCCAGUUAGCGAGGGCCCUGCUGCAAGCCGACUUCAUGAAUUCUUCUUGCGUCAAUUCUGUGAUGCACAUACCUGCGCUGGAAGUGAAAAACCUUUCUCUAGAGGCCGUAGGAAGAAGAUGAAUGCGUUAUACCUUGUUGUCUCCAUUUUAGUAGUUAUGGCGCUCAUACUUUUCUAUCUCUACAUUUUCUUAUAUCAGAGAGGGAUGAAAAGGGGCACACAAGUGCUGCGACGCAUCUCACAGACCAACCGAAAGAAAAAGCCCUCUUAAUCGGGAGCUCCUUCCCUAAUUGAACAUUUCAACUUGCCUUCCGAACAGAUAGAGAGGGAACUAAUGGGCAGCUAUUGAAAAUUUGUUACACCCCAUCGAUGGCUAUUUUAUGUAUGGAAAUUUGAGAAAGAUCCAAAUUCAUAUAAAGUCUCUCUCUUUAGCUGAUUGUAAACCAAAUUCUGACUAAACUUGGAGACUUCACACAAAAAAGGGUGCUUCAUGGCUGAAUCCAACCUCUUUAAUUUUUUGCUUUCAAUUUUGUUCUGCAUGGGCAAGAGCAAGAUGAAACCUUUACACUGUAGUCUCUAAUCUUGUUUAUUAACUUGAUCAGGAUUGUUUGUAAAUAUGUCCAUGACCUGCACUUGUAUUUUCCAUCUGCAAGGAUUUGCUCAAAUCUCUCUAAAUGCCUGUUCAGUUGUACCUGUAAUUUCCCCAUUUUUAAUGAAUAGAGUCAUUUUGUCUCUACUUUCCAA